UAAAACAUUUGAUAAAUCCUGUAUUGUGCUCUAAUAAAAUUGUACUGUUGCUUUAACUAGUACACAAAAAUCAUCAUUAGAUACAUCAGAAGAUUGAAAUUUGAGUUCUGCAAAGUCCUCCCUACAAGAUGCUGAGUCAGACAACCUAGUUACAUCCCCAAUGCUACAAUAUGAAUCAGAAGAUAUGAUGAAUUUUGGUUCCGUGACUUCUGCCCAACAAGUUGUUGAGUCCGAUAACCUUUUGGCAUCAUCAGAGUUGCAGGAUCCAUCAGACAACAGGACUUUGGAAUCUGCAACACCUGCCGAAUGUCCACACUUAGAGUUAGAAGGCGCCAAGCAUCCUCCGACAAGGACAAGUUGCCCCGCUCACUCUCCUGUUCGGAACCGCUUUCUUCACUUGUUUCGGCCUUCAUUUCGGGUUCAUAUUGAUAGGGCAGAACCUCACCCGGUUGAUUUUCGUGUAUGUCAUCCAUUACAGCAAAAAAACCCAGUAAAAUACGCUUUAAAUGUGUUGUAACGCCGUCAAUCACAAA